AUGGCGGACAGCGCAGCGGCCACCGCCGCUCCUCGGGCCGGCGUCAAGGGCUCGGCGGGACCCUGGUGGAAAUCGCUGACCAGCAAGAAGAAGCACAAGGAAGCGGCGGUAGCCCCGCCGCACGCCGUCGCCAGCGAGACCCCCGCCGACACCCCCAGCCCCGACGGCCGGGAGGAGCAGCCCCCUCCCUUCGGCAGCGGCGACGCCGCGGGAACCGGAGUCGGCAACCGGCGGAGCCUCCGAGUGUCCCACUCGGGCCGCUUCAAGGAGCGGCGGAAGGUGCGCACCUCGCUGUUGGCCGACAGCCCCGAGGUCUUCGACGGCGGCGGCGCCCCAGGCCACGCCGCCCAAGGGGCCGAGUAGCCCAGGAGGGCCUUGCCCAGGAGCUGCCACUGGAUGGGUGGCCGGAGAACUGGCGGGACAGGCAGCCGGAGUCAGUGACUGCCCCACAGCUGGGCUUGGACCCAUGGGUGACUCGUAGGCAGCGGCCUCACAAACGCUGACCGGACACUGCCGGGAGAGGGAAUCUCGUGCUGUGUUAGGUGAACACGUCCAA